CGAGCAGGUGCGUAACAGUGUCGCGCCAUCCGCAAGGUCUAAACAACAACAACACAAAAACCCCAUACAAGACUCACCCCCCUGUCAGGAGCCCAAAACAGGUGUGUUCGAGUCAGGGAUGCAGGUGGACGGCCGAUGGUCCGAGUCUUUCUGUGCACAGAGAGGACAAAAGGAUGACAUGUGAUCACCUGCGUCGACUGUUCGCGCUUUCCCUGAUGUUGAUGUUCUGCGCCACGGGAACGACUUCCCUCCUGCAAGGCUCACGGAACUUCGAAAAGAAAGCCUUGAGGCUCCUGAAAGAGGAGCCCCAAAACCCAAAGUGCUUUGCUGGGGGGAUGAAGGACUUCACAUGCUUCUGGGUAGAAGAUGAAGAGAGAGCUGGUUCCCUGGAUCAGUAUACCUUCACCUAUGCCUACCAAAAUGAAAACAGCAGCACGUGCCCACUGACCACCACGCCUGCUGCCGGUGGGAAACUGUUCUUCAUCUGCCAUCUGAAGCGACUUCAGAUGUUCGUGCAGAUGGACAUCAAAGUUCAUCGUGAGGGAAUGCUGAUCCACAAUCGCAGCCUUCAAAUUGAGCUUUUCUUUCUUCUGGACCCUCCUGCAAAUGUGACAGUGAGCCACACAGGUCAGCAAGGCCAGCUGAACGUCACUUGGGUGCCACCUCCUCUGAAGUACAAGGACGACAGCAUGAUAUACCAGGUCAUCUACGCUCCGGCAGAGAGUCACCUGGGGCAGGUAGAAGUGGCACGAGCAAGCUCAAAAGUGAUUCUGAGAGACCUUCAGAGCAGUACAAAGUACAGGGUGCAAGUCCGCGUGAAGCUGGACGGGAUCGCCUUCAAUGGCUACUGGAGUGCCUGGAGUGAGCCCGUGUUCAUAGAAACUCUACCUGCAGAAAUUGACCCACUUAUCGUGUCCUUGACCUUCAUCAUCUCAUUUAUCAUCAUUGUGCUGGUUCUUAUUACACUUCUGUCUUACUACAGGUUCCUCUUGAAGAAGGUUUGGCCCACUAUUCCAACUCCUGAUAGCAAAUUCAAAGGUCUUUUCACUGUUUAUGGUGGGGACUUCCAGGAGUGGUUGGGGCACACCAGCGGAGGUUUAUGGCUGACUCCGGCCUUCAUUUAUUCUGAAGAAUGCCAGUCAAAUUUGGAAGUGCUCUCUGAACUCAGCAUUUACCCCUCUCUGCCACCCAAAGCCUCAAAAGUUUCCACAAUUGCCAUGAACAAUGACAAGGACACCAAGACAGGCUCGGAUGAUUGGCGAGCGACAUCACAAGACCACUGGCUCUUGGAUCGUUUAAGGGCUUUCCAGCAGGACCCCCGACCCUGUUCCCACUCUUCCAUGUUGGAAUCUCAAGACACGUAUGUCGCCUUGAGCGGACACCGCCAAAGUGAAGACAAGCACGUUGUGGACACUCUUGAAGAAAUGUUACCUCUAGAGGUUCUUUUCGCUUCCAGAAAGGAAGCACGGUGCGAGUCUCACUCUGACCUCGGGUCUGUUCAGCAAAACUCUGGCUCAGGCCAGCUUUCAUCUCAGUCCAGCUUUGAAUACACAAAUAAUGUCUGUGCACCCAACGCUCCGGGGUACACCUACAUGGCAGGAGCAGAUUCGGGAGUAUCAAUGGAUUACAGCCCCAUGAGCAGAGUGGACGACAUAGCCAAAGUGGUUAUCUAUGCCAACGAGUACAAAAACGAAAUUCCCGCUCACAGAGGACCCCUUUUGCUGAGGCAGUACCACAUUCAUGAUGACAGAUGAAAGAAACGACACUGGACAGACUCCAAAUGGACUACAUGUUGAUGCACUUUGGGGAGCAGUUUGUGGAUUUCUAUCCAAGGUUGAUCAACCAGUUACUGUUAAAGAAAAAAAUGUGACUGAAACCAAUUUUUAAGCUACAGAACUCAAGUAUCGGAUCUGGUCAGGAAGUGGCAUUUUCAGAGAAGAACCUUCGAAGCUCGAAUUUACAUCAAAUACUGAAGUAUUAAAGAUUUGCAUAACAAUUUAUUCAUGUUGUACAGAUUAGACAAGAGUUAAAAGAUGGACUCAAAUAGUAAACCUCGUUAUGGGUUUCUACUAUAACACUUUGAUGUUUGAGCUAAGAGUGCUUUGAAGUUUAGCUAAAUUGAUAAUAAAGCUAAAGCGCAUGGUUGUAUAAAAUGAAAGGACUUUUGACCACACUGCCAAAUGUGCGUUUUUUGUUUAAAAUGCUUAAAUAAUGUCAAAUCUACAAGAAUUUCCUUUGCUUGUUUUGUAGUAGCAGACAUUUUCAUACCCUUUUUUUCAGUUACCUUAUUUCUUUUCUAAACUAAAGCAGUUUGUACUAAAUUGAA